AUGCUUGCCGUGGCCACGGGACGAAGCCGAGGGCUGGCUCAGCCCCGGCACGUCACGGCGGCGGAAAGCCCGAAUUGCAAGCGAGCAACCCCUCAGGGCAUUGCCUGGCCUGAUGGGCACCCCAGCCCCAAAACAGGACUGGGCGAUGACUCCACGGCAUCGCCCAGCAGCCCUCCCUUCCCCUCGGAGGGGGUCUCAGUGGGGCUGAGCUCCAGGGAUGCCAGUGUCCCCACGCUGGCUCCUGGCCAGCCCUCGCUGUCCACAGGACCUGCUGGAGAUGGGGCAUCCUCUGGGCUGGUGGAUGGAGAUGGCUACAAUGCUACCCCUGCGGUGGCACUGUCCCCUGCUUCUGCCUCUGUCACCGUGAGCUCCGUCACCACAGCCACCAUCACCCUAACAGACAGCCCAUCCGCAGCCUCCAGCCCCAGCUCGGUGCCACCAACCUUGGAGACAGCCCCAGGUCUUCGGACAGCAAAUACUGCCAGCUUGGCAAGUAGCACGAUGGAUUUGGGGGCAGCUCCCAGCUCCGCAGGUGUACCUGCAUCAUCUUCCUCCUCCCCCCCCACCAGCGACCUGUACUCAUCCCCUGGGAUGGUCUUGUCCCCAACGCCUGUCCUCAUGAGCCCCAGCACCACCCAGCCACCAGCACUGACCAAGGACGUCCCUUCCCUGGGGACACUGGUCAUGGCAUCCAGCCUGGCCGCGGAGCCAACGUCACCCCCAGAGACUGUGACGAGCCCCACUGUGGCCGCGGCCACCGGCAAAACCACCCUCUCCACCGGAGUCACCAUGGAAGAGGUCCCGCGCGCCUUGAGUGCAGGGAGCAUCGUGGCCAUAACCGUGACAGUCAUCGUGGUGGUGGUGCUUUUUUUUGGGGCGGCGGCAUACCUCAAGAUCAGGCACUCCUCCUACGGCAGGCUUUUGGAUGACCACGACUACGGCUCCUGGGGCAACUACAACAACCCUCUCUAUGACGACUCCUAG